CGUUGGUGUAGGCCAUCCACAGUAGAGGGCAGUGGGGGUAUCAUUUGUACUGAAUUAUCUCUUAAGGCAUAUUAGAACAUCCAACGAUGAGUGAACAGGCAGUUUCAUUCGCCAAGGACUUCUUGGCCGGUGGUAUCUCAGCUGCCAUCUCCAAGACAGCUGUUGCCCCCAUCGAGAGGGUGAAGCUUCUCCUUCAGGUUCAGCAUGCCAGCAAGCAGAUCACAGCUGAUAUGCAGUACAAGGGUAUCAUUGAUUGUGUCACCCGUAUUCCCAAGGAGCAGGGUUUCCUUUCCUUCUGGAGAGGUAACCUUGCCAAUGUCAUCAGAUACUUCCCCACCCAGGCCCUCAACUUUGCCUUCAAGGACAAAUACAAGAAGGUCUUCCUUGAUGGCGUUGACAAGCGCACCCAAUUCUGGAGGUAUUUUGCUGGUAACCUGGCCUCUGGUGGUGCUGCCGGAGCCACCUCUCUCUGCUUUGUUUAUCCCCUUGACUUCGCCAGAACCCGUCUUGCUGCAGAUGUCGGAAAAGCAGGCCAAGAAAGAGAGUUCAAGGGUCUUGGAGACUGCCUGGUGAAGAUCUCCAGGUCUGAUGGUGUGAGGGGCUUGUACCAAGGCUUCAAUGUGUCUGUCCAAGGAAUCAUCAUCUACAGGGCUGCUUACUUUGGCAUCUACGACACAGCUAAGGGUAUGCUUCCAGAUCCCAAGAACACUCACAUAUUGGUAAGCUGGAUGAUUGCCCAGUCCGUGACUGCUGUGGCUGGCCUGACCUCGUACCCCUUCGACACUGUCCGUAGGCGCAUGAUGAUGCAGUCUGGACGUAAAGGAGCUGACAUCAUGUACAGUGGCACCAUCGACUGUUGGCGUAAGAUUGCACGAGAUGAGGGUGGCAAAGCUUUCUUCAAGGGAGCCUGGUCCAACGUGCUCAGAGGCAUGGGCGGUGCCUUUGUGUUGGUGCUGUACGAUGAGCUGAAGAAAGUCAUCUAAGUCCUUUUAAUGUUUUUUUUCUUAACAUCAUUGUCAGAAUUGGCUAAAUGUAACACAACUAUCCAUUUCUAUGGACACUGCAUUCUGCCUUAUUUAUGGGAACAAAUUAUAGUGUCUCACUAUUGUGAGCAACGGCUGUACUUUGUGCAUCUUAUCAUUUAAACGUUCCACGCCCUCUUUACCAAUGUCAUUCCUGUUAAAGAAAUCUGGUACCUCCUCCUGUCAUUGAGUAGGUUUGUAUGGUCCUAACUUGAAUAAAUUUAUUCUGGGGAACAAACUAAA